UUUAACUUACAGUUUUCUAUUGUACCCGCAAUGUUUGCUGAGGGCGUUAGUGUACGGAGAUAUAAAUAUAUUUCACAAGUCCAUAAUUUUCACAAGAUUAGCAAUAUAUAUUUUGUUGUGACAAAUAUUAUUAUAUUGCAUCAUGUCUAGCGAAAUGAGUACAAUAAAUACUGAAAGUAUGGAUUUCGAUAGCGAACUCCAUCAAAUGGAGAGAGCGAUUGAUCAUUACAAGUUGAAAUUGCAAAGAUCCCGCGAGAACUAUGAAAGAGUAGAAACAGAAAUUUGCGACGUGAAUCAAUUGCAGCACAAAGCGUCAUUUAUGUUAAACGACAUGCAAUUAAAGAAGGAAAAUCUCUAUGAGUGUUUAAAGAACAUACAUUUGAAUUACGAAUCAUGCGUGGAAAAAUCGGGUGGUUACAAAGAUCAGGACGAAAAGAUUCGCACAAAGGUAAGCGAAUUGGCGACAAAGAGAAGCAAUUUAAUGGAAGAACUAACACAAUUAAAAAAAAAUGCCGACGAUAAUGACAAGAAGCUCGUUCGUGUAAAAGCUAUGAUCACGGAACAAGAACAAAAAAAUAUGAUGUUACUUCGGGAACUGAAGAAAAAAUCUGAAAAUGUCACUUUCAUCCAACAAAGUAUAGAAAAGCGGAUAGAUACUGUUCUACAGCAAUUAAAAAUAAGCGACAACGACGAUGUUACUGAUAAUACAUUGCAAUAAAACUUAUCAAUUUUAUAGAAAUAAAAUAUAAAUUUAAUAUUUUCAUAAAUAUUAUGUAACGUGUA